GAAAGGUAUCUGACCUGGCCCCGGUUCUUCAAUGGAUCUGCCCCCAGAGAAGCAGCGAGGAAAGUACACUGCUUGGACCUGAUAAGAUUAUCACCUAUUCAAUGUUCCAACUAAAAAACAAAAAUAUGAAAUUGAAGCUAACAACUCUCCAAAUCCAAAGUUAGGCUUUGGAAUAAGAUUUAUAAUCAUUUCUCACUUGUUCGUCUCUCUCUCUCUGGUACCUACAUGGUCUUGAUUUCUAAUGAGAACUUCACUUUCCAUCUUUUGUUUCUGUCCAGUAUUUGAAAGCAAGUUAAAGAAGAAGCCGAGCAAGGGAAAAGCUAAAUCAUCACUUCCUCAACAUCUAUGCCGUCGAUUUUCACUCGACGAGAUCAGAGUUGCCACAAAUAACUUUGACUCCCAUUUGGUUAUUGGUACAGGUGGCAGUGCAGUUGUAUACAAAGGGCUUUUCGAUGACGGGGCUUCGGUUUUCGCUGUCAAAUACUUCCUGCUCGGAUCCUCACGACAGAAAACACUUGAAGACUUUCGAAAUGAGAUGCAACUACUUUGCCAGCUGCGCCACCAACAUAUUCUUACUCUGAUUGGAUUCUGCGAUGAGGCCGAAGACGAAAAGGUCAUAGUGUUCAAUUAUAUGAGCAACGGAUCGCUCUUUGAUCAUCUCCACGGUACUCGCUAUGAUCCCCUCCCAUGGAAACAGAGGUUAGAGAUUUGCAUUGGGGCAGCUCGUGGACUACAUUGUCUUCAUGUAGGAGCAAAGCGUGCAGUCAUCCACCGUGACAUCAAGACCAAAAACAUUCUUUUGGAUGACCUAAAGGUUUCUAAGAUUGCGGAUUUCUCCUUGUCUAAGAUCGGCCCUUUUAGUUUAUCAAACGCUCCCAUCAGAAUACAGUUACCUCCUCUGGAUGAAAUUGAAUUGGAAACAAGUCGAACUAGGCUGUUUGGUACUUUGGGCUACGUCGCUCCUGAGCGUUUCAUUGAUACUACUCUUGUGACAGAGAAGUCAGACGUUUACUCAUUUGGGGUUGUUUUGCUUGAAGUACUUUGUGGUAGAAAAGCAAUAAAGUUUGAUGUGGAGGACCAUAAUCAUCGACAUAUAAUUUCUUGGGUCAAUGAACACCUAAAGAAUGGAAGUAUUUAUCAGAUGAUGGACCCAUAUUUGGAAGGGCAAAUAGCCCCGAGUUGCUUACAGAAAUUCCUGGACAUCGCAUUAAGUUGCGUCCAUGUUGGGGAACAUAAACGACCUGCUCUUGGGGAAGUGGAGGUGACAUUAGAGGUUGCCUUGGAGCUCCAAAAGAAAGCAGACUCCGAAGUGGAGUGGCAUGGAGAAGUUAUGUAUGAAGAAGUACUUUUCCCUGCAUCUGCCUUCAACAAUUUCGCUGAUUAUCAGACUGAUGUACUCUGGCCCCAUGGAAGUUCUUGUGUGGAGGAUGCAUUUAGCUGCAAAUCUGAGGAUACAUUUUCAGACAUUGAAGAUAAACAAUCUGGAUGUUUGGAGGGGUCAAAUUAA